CGGCAGAGGGAGGCAGAGAGGAUCACAGCAGAGUGGCGGAGGAAGGAGGAAGAAGAGGCCGAGCGGCGAAGCGAGGAGCAGUGAAAGGUGGCAGAGAGAGAUGUGCAUGCAGCGGCAGAGGGAGGCAGAGAGGAUCACAGCAGAGAGGCGGAGGAGGAGGAAGAAGAGGAGGACGAGCGGUGAAGGGAGGAGCAGCGAAAGGCAGCAGAGAGGGAGGCGCAUGAAGCGGCAGAGAGGAUUGCGGCAGAGAGGUGGAGGAAGGACGAAGAAGAGGCGGCUGAGUGGUGAAGGGAGGAGCAGCAGAAGGCAGCAGAGAGGAUGGAGGCAGAGAGGCGGAGGAAGGAGGAAGAAGAGGCUGAGAGCUGCAAGUCACAUGACUCCACGGGCAGAUUUGCUUGAUGAGGUAAAACCCCCUGGGAAGAUCAAGUAUGUGGCAGCAGCGUCAGGUGCUUUGCUCCCUGUCAUUGGUGUUGGGAAUGCCAAGGUUAAGGGAGCAAAUGGGGAGCUUGUGGGGCUUGGGAAUGUUCUGCUGGUUGAAGGCUUGUCUGCUAACCUUCUCUCUGUGCGACGACUGCAGAAGAGCAAGGCCGAAGUGACAUUUGGACCAACCAGCUGCCGUGCUAAGCUUGGGAAGAAGGUGCUGUGGAGUUUGGAAGAGGAGACCAGCUGCAUCAAGGACCUGUGGCAGCUGCCCAUCAUCCCAUGGAAUGGGAAGACUCCAACAGCAGCAACGGCAGCAGCGGCAAAGGCAACAGCAGGAGGAGAUGCAACUGCACCAACUGAUGGGGUCCUGGAAGCAGUCAAGAAAGUGCAGCAGCAGCAGACACAUGGUGAGGUGCUUGCUGGUGUGGAUGCAAGUGCGGCAUGGGCUAAGGCUUCACCAAGGAGUGGAGAGGCCGAUUGGGAGACAUGGCAUGAGAGGCUGUGUCAUGUGAACUUCCCUAUGCUGCAGAAGUUGGUGAAGGAUGGGAGCCUGAAGGGCUUGGAGGAGAAGGAUGAAAUCCUCAUGCUCUUGGUGUACGUGGAUGAUAUCCUUCUCUUUUCUGCAUCAACUGCUUUGCUGGACAGUGCAGAGCAGAUGCUGGAGAUGCAGUUCAAGUGUUCCAAGAUGGGUGAGGUGAAGUACUACUUGGGGAUGCCUGUGGAGAGAGAUGUGGAGAAGGGUGUGCUGAGGUUGCACCAGAGGAAGUACUGUGAGGGGCUGGCUGAGAAGUAUGGGCUGCAAGAUGGGGGAAAGCCAGCAACACCACUACCUUCGGGGUUCACUGUGGAGCCAUGUGCUGAUGAGGAGGUAGUGGGUGAUAGUGACAGGAAGCUGUUUCAUUCGAUGGUUGGGUCGCUGAAUAUUGCUGCAAAUCAUACACGGCCUGACAUUGCAUUUGCUACAUCACGAUUGGCUAGUGUGGUCUCACGCCCUAGUCAUGAGCAGCUGGAAGCGGCCAAGAGGUUGGUCCGCUAUCCAGAGGGGGAGAUUGUUGUGUGAUGUCAUCAUAUGCUAUCACAUUCUGUCUGCCUCCCAUCCCAUAUUUUUUUCAACUU